AUGUCGGGCGGAAUCGAAUCAAUGAGCCGUCCAACAGACGCACCCCAGUUUGCGCCUACCGCUGACAUGGAGCCAGCAGCCAAGGCGGCCAGCGCCCUCGCUGCUGCUGCUAAUAGUGCUGCUCGCCUGGAGGAGAGCGUCCCUGAUAACGCCUCAGACCAAACUUCAAAUUCUGCUGUACCACAGCUUGUUGCCAGCCCAGGUCCCAUGGACGUUGAUGAAGGGGGGCACCUGUCUCCCGAGCAGAUUGAAGGCCAGGAAGGGCGCCAUCACACCACCAGCUCCAUGCCGUACCCCGGCUCCUCCUUCAAUACUCCUCACCUCAGUGAAAAUCACAGAGGGAUGACCUACCCCAUUCCAUCACCUGUUCAAGACUCGCCAACAUCUUCUGGCACCAAAAAGCACAGGUGUCCCUACUGCAAUACCGAGUUCACGAGACAUCAUAACCUGAAGAGUCAUUUGCUCACGCAUAGCCAAGAAAAACCUUAUGUGUGUACCGAAUGCCAAAUGCGCUUCCGUCGUCUGCACGACCUCAAGCGCCAUGGGAAACUUCACUCUGGAGAAAAGCCUCAUAUUUGCCCCAAGUGUGAUCGCAAGUUUGCCAGAGGUGAUGCACUGGCAAGACAUGCAAAGGGAGCCGGCGGCUGUGCAGGCCGACGAUUCAGCUUGGGUAGCUUUGCCGAAGGUGAUGAAAUGGAUGGCAGCAUGGCUGAAGGCGAUGAUUCUGCAAUGUCCGGCAUGACCUAUGAUCAUGGUGAUGAGGACGAUCUGCGUCGACAAAGCCUUCCUGCUGUUGGUCACCAGCCGGAUCAAUACUCGGCGCAAUCACGUUCAUACCCUCCAUCAGGACCUCGACCUACCGCUAACAUGGCAAGUGGGCUAUACCCACCCAAUGCGAGCCAGACCCAGUCAAGCAACAGCACAGCUUCGUCCGUUCCUAAUAGCAUGGGCACGGCCCGCACUGGAAAUACCAGCAUAUCGUCUGCUGCAACAGUCGGCGGGAACACAGGCUUGUACUCUCAGAACAGUUUGACCGAAAGUCCCAAGGCUCUGAGUCCCGCACUACCCACUCACGAGCCACCGGUUCCUGGCCGCCCCCGAUCGCCUCAGCAAACCCAGCAAGUACAAUCUGCGCGGCAUCAGUCACCGCCUCUCGGGCAGAGACCAAAAUUGCCUGGCUCGUCCCAUCCUAGUUUCCCAGGGCCCCCGGCGUCGGCUGGUUACAACCACGCAAGAUCCCCAGCAGAGUCUAACAUGUUUGCGCAGAGCGAUCCAAGUGUCUGGGCAUAUAUGCAGUCCAUCGAAGAGAAAAUCAAGGGCUUAGUCGAAGAGGUGGAUACCCUCAAAACCCGCGUUGAAGAGCUCGAGUCUGGUACCAGCAGUUGA